AUGUCACAUUACGUUAAAGCUACGAAGAAAACUUUUAGUAAAAGUGCUCAUGAUUGCCUUGUGAGACCGUUAUUGAAGCAAAGAGAAACUGGGGAACUAUGCGAUAUUGUUUUAAAAUUGAACGGUCGCCGGUACAAUGCACAUCGUGCUAUUUUGGCUCUUUGGAGCCCAUAUUUCCAUUCAAUGUUUACUUGUGAUAUGCGAGAAAAAAAUAUUAAAGAAGUUGACUUAUCUGCCUCCCUAGUUCUGGAACAGGUGAUUAAUUAGUUUAAGUUUACUAAAACAAAACUACAAUUUGAACUACUGAAAAUUAUUCUCCUUCUUUAUACUCUUUCAAGUUCAACUCCCAGUAUCUUCUUCAACUCUUUACAAUCUGUUCUAGUCUCAGCCUAGAGCUUGUGUUUCAGUUUUUUAUACCAACCCCUUCUCAUGAUCCCUGAGAUUGGGGUACCAUACAACUUGUAGUAAAUGUGCUUGCUUAGUUAUACUUCACAUCAGUUUUUUUAAAGUUGUUGCUAAAGUUAUGACCUAUCCCAUUCUUGAUCUGAAUUUCUUACUCUACUGGAAUUAGUGAUGUCAUUGGAUUUUUUAGAUUGAUUACAUUUGAUGCCUAGGAUUCUGCACAGGCAUUUAUUCACGAAUUUUGCAGUCAUUUUCAAUCUCUCACUGCUUAUCACGAGGUUCCUGAGCCUUACAACAGAACAGUUUAACAUUUAAUGUAAUAAUUCUAAUUUUCGUCUUUAUCCUUACUGGAUAUCCUUAUCCAAAUGUUUUUAAAAGUAAAGCAGAAAUCUUCUUACCUUCUUGUAUUCUUGCCUUAAUAUCUGCCCCAGAGUUUCUAUCCUUACUGACAAUACUUCCUAGACAGAUAAAAUUAUCUACUUGAUCUAUUUCUUUUCCUCUUACAAAGACCACAUCUUUGCUGUUUACAUUACUUAUGACAUUUUUCAUUUAUUACAAGCCCAACUUGAAACAGUAAAAGUUAAUUUUAUGCUUCUGAUUGUUGUAACAAACAUUACACAUUUUUGAAGAGUCACAGAUUAAAGUAAGUUUUAGAACUCCUUACCUCAACUCAAUGGUAGUGUUUAAAUGCAUUAAAAUAAUAGUUUUUUUAUUCCAUUUGUUUAGGAUACUGUGUUUGGUAGUGUUCUUGACUACAUGUACACUGGCUCACUACCUCUCACAACAGAAACCAUAACAGAUGUUGUUAAAAUAUCAGACUUCCUGUUGUUAGAUGAUGUCAGAGACUUUUGUCAGCAAUUCCUCUUAGGACUG